AUGGCAGACACUCCAUCAGAAGGGACAUUGGAAGCGGCACCAUCACCGCAAGCCCCCGUCCCCCUUCCAGCUACAGCUACGGACGCUGAGCGUCUUGUCCAUGUGCGCGCUCACUGGGCCGGCAUUGAGCCCAACUCGCCGAUCUACGGCCUCUUCUUUGGCAACAUCCGCCUCGUGUCGGCCACCAACGGCCGCGUGCUCGCCCGCCUGCCGGUGGCGGCCAUCCAUGUCAACUCCAAGCAGAUCCUGCACGGUGCCGUGUCCGCGGCCCUGGUCGACUGGGCCGGCGGCAUGGCCAUUGCCAGCACUGGACGCCAUGGAACCGGUGUCAGCGUCGACAUCCACAUCAGCUACGUGUCCGGGGCGCGCGCCGGCGACGAGCUCGAGAUCGAGGCAUGGGUGCAGCGCGUCGGACGCUCGCUUGCAUACACGUCUGUGGAGAUUCGCAAGAAGCUGGCCGGCGGUGGCGACGGAAAGGAGCUGGACGAGUCGCGGCCGACGAACGGUCCGGUCGUGGCGUCGGGAAGCCACACCAAGUACGUCAAUUUCCCGGGCAAGUGA